AUGAAGGGGACCUGGGGGGCUCUGCUGCUGCUGGGCCUGGAGAUACACCUCUCCCUCGGCGUCAUCCCAGCCGAGGAGGAGAACCCGGCCUUCUGGAACCGACAGGCAGCCCAGGCCCUGGACGCUGCCAAGAAACUACGGCCCAUCCAGGGGGCCGCCAAGAACCUCAUCCUCUUCCUGGGAGACGGGAUGGGGGUGCCCACGGUGACAGCCACACGGAUCCUGAAAGGGCAGUUGAAUGGUAAGCCAGGGCCUGAGACACCGCUGGCGAUGGACCUCUUCCCGUACCUGGCUCUCUCCAAGACAUACAACGUGGACAGACAGGUGCCAGACAGCGCAGGCACAGCCACGGCCUACCUGUGUGGGGUCAAGGGCAACUACAAGACCAUUGGCCUGAGUGCGGCUGCGCGCUUUGAGGAAUGCAACACGACCUAUGGGAACGAAGUGGAGUCAGUGCUGAGCCGGGCCAAGAAAGCAGGGAAGUCCGUGGGCGUGGUCACCACCACCCGAGUGCAGCAUGCCUCACCUGCCGGCACUUACGCCCAUGUGGUGAGCCGAGACUGGUACUCAGACGCCGACAUGCCUGCCCAGGCCCUGCAGGAGGGUUGUCCAGACAUCUCUGUGCAGCUCAUCAGCAACGUAGACAUCGACGUGAUCCUGGGCGGGGGCCGCAAGUACAUGUUCCCCAGGUGGACCCCAGACCCCGAGUACCCAAGCCAGAGUGGCUUCAGGCUGGACGGCCGGAACCUGGUCCAGGAGUGGCUGGACAAACACCAGGUAGCAGGCCCAGGGGUGCGGGGCCUCUUCGAGCCGGGAGACACAAAAUUUGAUGUGAACCGAGACCCCACCCAGGACCCCUCUCUGAUGGACAUGACCGAGGCUGCCCUGCGGCUGCUCAGCAGGAACCCCCGCGGCUUCUACCUCUUUGUGGAGGGGGGACGCAUCGACCAAGGUCACCAUGAAGGCAGCGGCUACCUGGCACUGACCGAAGCUGUCAUGUUCGACUCCACCAUCGAGAAGGCGGGCAAACUCACCAGCGAGGAGGACACGCUGACCCUGGUCACUGCUGACCACUCCCACGUCUUCACUUUCGGCGGCUACACCCUUCGGGGAACCUCCAUCUUCGGGCUGGCGAACAAGAAGGCUUUGGACGGCAAGGCCUACACGUCCAUCCUGUACGGCAAUGGGCCUGGAUACGCUGGCCCCGGCCCCCGGCCUGAUGUCAAUGAGUCCCUGAGCUUGGACCCCGGGUACAAGCAGCAGUCAGCAGUGCCCCUGUCCUCUGAGACGCACGGCGGGGAGGACGUGGCCAUGUUCGCGCGCGGGCCGCAGGCGCACCUGGUGCGCGGGGUGCAAGAGCAGACCUUCGUGGCGCACGUGAUGGCCUUCGCCGCCUGCCUGGAGCCCUACACGGACUGCGCGCUCACGCCCCCCGCCGCCACCGCCACCGCAGGGGCGUCCCCGGCCACCACCACCGCCGGGGCGCCCCCCGCCACCACCCCGCGGCCGCUGCUGGUGGGAGCGGUGACCCUGGCGCUGCUGCUGCUGUUGCCAUCUGCCCACUGA